UAUGUGUGUGUUCCUGCCCCAGGAGAGGUCUCGCCAGUGUAGACAAUCAGUGCAGAAACAGAAUCACACCAUUAAAAAUCACACAAACUUUUAGAAACAGUCAGAGACAUGGAGUCGGACUGAGAGGCUGGACCUACAACCCCUACACACAAGCUGAGUCCAAGCUAUGAAGAGGAUCAGGACUUUCUGACCCACUGCAGGACAGGAAGAGACCUGCCACAAUGGACUAUGAACCAAAGAAACCAAAGAAGGCAUUCGUAUCACCCAUUAAGCGGCUAGUCUGGUCCAAAUAUGGUCGCCGACCUGUUGAUCGAGGCAGCGGUUACCGCCGGCCGCUCCACACCGUCCCCCUCUACCCACCGGAUUAUCUCAUUCACCCUGAGAGACUCAUCUUCGAUUAUGUGGAAAAGGAAGUAAAGUUCCUUGGUCACCUGACCUGGGUCUCAGUUUCACUAAAUCCAUCAAGCAGAGAUGAACUUCUGCAGCUGCUGGACACAGCCAGGCAGUUAAAGGUGCUGCCGCUGAAGACAAGCGUUGAUCAGGACUGUAUUCUAAGUCUGUCUGCUCGCUCUCUGCUGCUGACAUGGAGGAACAACGAGAAACUGCUGAUGAGGAUCCCCACACACGAGAUUGCUGCUGCCUCCUACCUGCGAGAUGAUGCACUACACCUCCUGGUCCUCAAGACAGGUCUAAAUGUGGAUUCUGUGGUCGCUGAUGAUGACAGUCUGGACAGAAAGAAAACACAAGGCGUCAACAGCCGACGACAAACCAUGAGCAAUGCUGACUCGCGGCCAGCAGGGGGCACAAUGGAGCGCAGACACACCAUCUGUGGAGUGGACUGGAGGCCCUCACUGUCCAGAAGUAACCAUGACAAAAACCAAAAUGUGGAGAGAGGAGGGGGUGAGAGGGCAGGCGGAGGUAGUCUAGAGAGAAAGAGAGUGGGUGGGAGCUGGGAGAGGAGGCAGCAGACAAGAAAAACCGGUGGGAGCUGGGAGAACCGCAGAGCGAGACCUGUGAGUGGGAACUGGGGGGUAGGAGUUGGAGGAGGAAGCUGGGAGAAGAGGCACGGAGGUGGUGGAGGAGCAGGAAGCUGGGAGAGGAGGGGAGGAGGUGGUGGGGGGAGCUGGGAACGGCGUCAAACCUACACUGGGAGCUGGGAAAGAGGUAAAAGCUACGGCAGCUGGGAGAGGAGGAACUACAACCCUCUGGAACCUACACCCUGUCCUGAUGCCUACUGCAACCUGCUCAUCCUGGCUGUUGAGAACAGGGAUGCUGCGGAGGAGUACUGUUCCCUCAUCUGCCAGAUGUUCCAGAUCAUUUAUGGCCAUCAGACCAUUGAAUGUGUUGACAGGGCGGGAUUUCACCACACCAUGCCAGAUCGAUUUUGGCUCCAAAGGAGUGACAGCUGCCUGACCGACAUGUCCUACAGUUAUGAUCCAGAGUUUAGCUGCUGCAGCUCGUUCGACGGCUCCCAGGAGGCCUUUGAGGUCUACUACAGCGAGACGUACAGCGAGAGCUCGUCGGUCUCGCUGCAGGACUCCCAUCGCAGCCUGGCAUCAACCAGUGAUGGGGCAGACAGCAACCCCGCCCUGCUGCUGAUGCAGGAGUACAUGAUUACACUGACCAGCAAGCUAAAUCCACUGGAGCUGCAGCAGUUUGCAGUGCUGCUGAGAGAAUACAGGCUGGGUUCAAACAUCGACCACUUCUGCUCAGAGUUGCUGCAACUAUAUGGAGACAACCGCAAAUUCCUGCUGCUGGGCAUGCGACCGUUCAUCCCAGACAAAGAUGUCGGGGCAUUUGAGACUUUCCUUGAAAGUAUUGGGAUCCGAGAGGGCGGGAUUUUAACCGACAGCUUUGGACGUAUUAAACGCAGCAUGAGUAACACCUCAGCUACAGCCAUGAGAGGGUACGACAACGGCUCUCUAGCAACAGGGUCUCAGGAGUUUAACCGGCGCAUCUGUGACAUCACCCAUGACAUCCAGGCCCUGGGCUUCCAGGACAUCCACGGAGACAUCGAGGAGGAGGACUACUACCUCUGAUCGAGGCACAGGAGUAAAGACUGAAGAGCCUGAACUGUGUGUGAGAUUUUCUCUGAUAGCAGUGAGUCCCAGUGGGGCCAGGGGCCCAAACAUAAAAAGUGGCUCCUGCUUAAAAGAUGCUGAUCGGCCCCCUGAAGCAGUGACUUUACUCUACAGAUGAUAAAAAGGCACAAACUUAACUUUUAAAGAAAUUCCUUACAUUUGUCUUCCACUUUUUUAAAGCAAUGCAUUGCAGAACAGAUUUAAUAGCCUUGCCUGCAAGAUGAAUUCUCACGUUAUUUCUGCGUUCACAAACACACCAGAAUCUACCUUGUACCGCUUUGGCUUCGACCGUUUGUGUCUGAACCAAAAACAAUUCGGGCCAAUCACGUUGCAGGGUUGAGGUUUAAGGCGGGACAUACCGGUGCGACGAAAGCAAGAGCGGUUGAGCUCACAGCUGAACCGACAUAAAUAUGGCAGCGCAGGAGGACGCAGUCGCUGCUAUUACAUCUGUUUUAUAAGAAUCCACAAUUUCAUCUUUGAUAGAAGAACAGCAAGAAGUGCCUUGACAAGCUUACCGUGUGGUUUCUCAUGAUGCCUGCUGCGUAUUUGCUUUUAAUUUGUUACCGUGAUUGACUAUAACAAACCUUUGGUAGGCGGACACUAGGUGUCGUUUUGCCCAAUCAGCUUAGAGAGUUCUGCUGAAUGUCCCUCCUUUCCCCAAACGGAUUUGAUGGAAGCAGUCCCAGAUUGAUAAUGUGCAGAACUAGAGUGUUACACAUUAUCAAUCUGGCUGGCCAGGUUACAACAAAACUAAACUUUAUUUCCUAACAAUUCUGUUCAUAUAUUCAUAUUUAAAAUGUCUUAAUUGAAAGCAAAGUGGAACUGCAGUCAACAUUCCUUGUCUCUGUGCACAAACUCGGUUAAUAUAUCUGAUUCUGUCUUAUGCUGAUCUUGUGUUUAGAUCUUGAUGGAAUACGGGAAAUGAAUUAAAAAAUAAUAAAAUUGCUUUUAUAUUAAACUACUAAUCAAUUUGAGACAUUAAGACAAUGUCUGCAAAGAAAUUUUAAUGAAGAAUGAGAAGGAGCUACAGGGAAAAACACAAUUUAAGAGGCAACAAAGGUUUUUUCUUUGUGUGGAAAAGUCCCUAUACUUGCUUAUUUUAUUUACGCCGCCAACCUUGCACCUGAACAUGAGAAGUCUUGAGGAAAAGCAUCAUUUUAGCACUUUCUGCUUUAUUCAGUUAGUCAUUAAAGUAAUAGAGAAGAUCUGAAAGUUCUUCUCUUUGCAUCAGUAAAGAAACAAGAGAAAUAGUGGAAAAUGUUUACUAUGUCUGGGUUUUGUGUCCUAAAAUCUGUAUGUUUUUUUUUUUUUCUUUCAGUGGUGGCAAAUAGGUUAAUACAUGGAAAAAUGCAUAAAAAUCUAAAGGUCAAUUAAGUGGUUGCCAUUUUUAUUCCCAUAUAUAUUAAUAUGUGGUAAAUACUGAUAAUAAAAACUCUUACUGAUGUUUUCAAGGUA